AUGUGGUACACCGGCGUGGCCAUCGCUUCAGUUUACGGUGUAAUUAGUGUGUUGGGUCUAAUCGGCAACAUCACGCUCAUCAAGACGUUUUGCUCUGCCAAAUCCAUCCGCAAUGUGCCGAAUCUCUUCAUGUCGAGUCUUGCGCUCGGGGAUGUUUUACUGUUGGUGACCUGCGCGCCGGUGGAUGCCAGCCGCUACCUGUCAGAGGAGUGGCUGUUCGGCAGAGCAGGCUGUAAAGUCAUCCCCUUCAUUCAGCUCACCUCGGUUGGGGUGUCUGUGUUCACUCUGACAGCCCUUUCUGCUGACAGGUACAGAGCCAUUGUGAAACCCUUGGACAUCCAAACAUCAAGCACCACUACCAGCAUUGUCCUGAGGGCGGCGCUCAUCUGGCUCUUCUCACUGAUCCUUGCUAUCCCCGAGGCCAUCUUCUCUGACCUCCACACCUUCAACAUCACUUCCACUAAUGAGAGCUUCGUCACCUGUGCACCUUAUCCCCAUGCAGGGGAACUUCACCCAAAGAUACACUCCAUGGCCUCCUUCCUCAUUUUCUAUGUCAUUCCCCUGCUGGUCAUCUCUGUGUACUACACCUUCAUCGCUCGGAGCUUGAUGAGGAGUGCCUCAAAUCUGCCGGUGGAGGGGAACACGCACGCAAGACGACAGGUUGAAUCAAGAAAGCGCUUGGCCAAGACAGUGCUGGUGUUUGUUGGUCUCUUUGCAGUGUGCUGGCUUCCCAGUCAUGUCAUCUACUUGUACCGUUCCUAUCACUACUCCCAGGUGGACACCUCACUGGUUCACUUUGUGUGCAGCGUUGUAGCUCGUAUCCUUGCCUUCACCAACUCCUGCCUCAACCCCUUUGCCCUUUAUCUGCUGAGCAAGACUUUCAAGAAGCAGUUUAACCAGCAGCUGUGUUGCUGCUGUCGUAUGAUCCUCAAACGCUCCUCACAGAGCCCGACACAUUACAACACACGUGUCACCUCUGUCCGCAGCACACAUUACUCUGUGGCGAGUCUGACCAUGAUCAAUGGCAGACAUAUCUAUCAGGAGGAUUGUGUGUAA